AGAUGCGAGUGCGUGAACGCAGGUAAAAAUCUAGGGGGUCCUCAAGGCCAAUCGUUCCCACUGUUACGCAAUACAAAGGGGGGAAACACUUGUUGAGUAUAUUGUUACGAUAUCUAAUAAAUAAGCUAGACAUGCACGGACAUCGCUCAGUUAAUAAUUGUUAUACAUGAGGUUAUACAUUCCUGAAUUCCAACAGGCUAGUGGGGUAAAAAAUGUGGGUCAACUUUCUCUUCAAUUUUACCCACUUUCUUUAAAUCUUCCAAUUAGUUGGCCAGUAGUAACUUUAGUCCCAUACAAGUGCACCAUUCCGAAAUACAACGAAAAAUAAAUAAAAAUAGGAAACGACAACAAUGAAUUUCUCGAAACUAAGUCGCGCGUUGCUGCAGAGGGACUUCACGAGAGUCCUUGCAGCCAGAAGUGUCCAUCUCAACGGAUUCGUACUCAGUUCAGACAGACGACAGACUUUGAGCCACGGACAGAAACCUGAUUGGAAUAGGGCCGUUAGUGAAGCGGAGAAGAUCGUCGGAUAUCCAACUUCCUUUCUAAGUCUCAGAUGGUUGCUCAGUGAUGAAAUCGCCAAUGUUGCAUUGCACCUCCGGAAAUUGGUUGGUUCCAACCAUCCGCUACUCAAAACAGCUAAGGGUCUACUUUACAAUGGAAAAAAUAAUAUGCAAGCCUGGGGAUUGAUUGUCUUGUUGGUGUCCAAAGCAGCUGGUCAUACAGCCGACAUUCCCGAUUUGGAGCAGGACAAGGCGGCUGGAGUAUUGCACUCGCAGAGAGCUUUGGCGGAGGUGACCGAGAUGAUCAGGACAAGUCAUUUGGUCCAUAAAGGCAUGGUCAACUUGCAGAAAAACACCGAGGAAUCUGGAGACAUGGUUUUCGGUAACAAAAUUGCACUGCUCAGUGGCGAUUAUUUAUUGAGUAAUAGCUGUUCGGAAUUGGCCGGUCUGAGAAACCAGGAAUUGGUCGAGCUGAUGAGCUCGGCCGUACGCGAUUUAGCUGAAGUCGAGUUUGUUGGACCACGUGAUAAACAGAACAACCCACUGCCCGCGAAGCCCAACCUUGAGAAGGUUCACCAAGUGACACAACCAUGCGAGAACGGUAUCGAGCCGUUGGUCGUGAGCGACGCAUUGGGGAAUCCCCAGGCCGAAUGGACUUUGAGACACGUCUUGAAUGGAGGCAGUUUGCUUGGAAAAUCUUGUCAAGGCACAUUAAAAUUGGCCGGACAUCCUCUCGUUCUCCAAGAACAAGGUUACCUCUUUGGAAAACAUUUGGCAUUAGCUUGGCAGGCGUGUCUGGACCGUGAACCUUUUCUUCCGAGUUCUUCGGGACCGUUCAGUUUGGUCUCUGCCCCGCUCAUGUUCCAAUUGGCUCAUGAUCCGAGCUUCUAUUCCGAAAUCGAAAAGGGAAAAGAUUCUGUCGAUGACGUUGAUUACGAAUUUAUAAGGAAAACGGUGAUGACCGGGCCUGGAUUAGAGAGGACAAGGACAUUACAGAGAGAACAUUCGGCUGCAGCCAUUGAUGUACUUAACCAGCUUCCACACUCCGAUGCAAGAACUGCUUUAGCCAAUAUCAUAGCUGCUAUGGAAGAUUUAUAAAAAGAAACAUGACAAAUCAUUCAAAACGACUGAAAGACAUGGAUUUUUGUUAUUGAAAAAUUCUUUAUUUAUUUGUUUUUAUUUAAACGAUUAACUUUAUUUUACAAUUGGCAACUCGUGUAUGCAGUUUAUGUACAUAUGUAUUAGUUGUUAUAUAUAUAUAUAUAUAUAUAUACAAUACUUGUGUCAAAUGGAUGUAAUCUUCACUUAGUUGGGUUAACACGGGUAAUUAAUGUAGAUUUCUCUUGUCCAAAGCGCGUUAAAUUCAAUUUUGGGGCUGUAAAGACGAUUUAGCUAGAAAGAACAAUGUUUUUAUUACUGUUUAUUGCAUAUUUUAUAUUUAUUUUAUAUACACGUUUAGUUAUUAAGUAAUCCGGUGCAAUGUACUUUAUAAUUUUAGGUCUAUUCUAAAUGUUACCAUUUAUAAUUUUGACCAAAUUGACGUCCUAGGAUCAAAGAUUUAUAUACAUUUAUAUUAUUAUUAUUGUUAUAUAUUCCUCUUUAAAAUGUAUGAUCGCCUGUCUUUAGUCAUCGACGAUAUUUCUUAUACGAAACAUAUUUAUAUAGAAAAAAAAAACAAUCCCAUACAAUAAUUGCUCAAACAAAAAAUUAUAA